UCACCCUCCGAAGAGCCGCCAGCGAUGGAACACGAACUGACGGACAAACGCGCGGCUACACCCAGCUACGCCCGCCCGCCACGACUGAGCGAUCGAGCCACGCCCCGUGCGCCGCCAUUUUAAACGGUUCCCGCCCCACCUCCUCCCCUCCGCCUCAGGGUGAGCUCUCAGCCCGCCCCUCCGUAGGUGCGGCCUCGUCCCCGGCCACCUUCGCUCAGAAGAUACUAAAACCCUUCAUCUGUGAUGAACUGCUUUCUCUGGUGUGUCCCAGCCUACCAUAAAUCAGCACUGGCUUUGGGCCCAUGAUGUGUGAGUGUCUUUACUGACUGAGAAUCUGAAAUUAUUUUUUUCCUGUGAAAGCUGGAAAAUGUUCAAAAAUCAGUAUCAGGGUGGCCCAUUUGUUGAAAUAUUCAGUGCUCAAGGCAAGAACCCAGGAGCAAAAUGGAAGAUUUUUGGCAAUCCAUCAGCUAUAUGGAAAGAAUAUGAUAAAGAAGUAAAAGGCUUUGUUUUUGUACUUGAAGGAAGCAGUCAAAUAAACAAAAUGCAGCUACCAAAGGGAACUAGACAAACUUUGGGACUGAUCCAGCCAUUUCUGACACUUCAGAUUUUUGUGCCAGUGGGACAAGACUUCUCAACUGAGUUACUGAUAACUGAUUUAGGAAAUAUUAAAAGAAGAUUGUAUUUAUCAACAGUCCACAAGGAGUUGUCUGUAACCCCUCUGCAUGCGAAAAUUCCUCUGCUUACGAUCAAGCGUAAAAUAUGGUGCAAUAUGUGUAUUGACUUGGUAGCGUUCACCAGUGAAAUAUUCAGAGGAGCUGUCUUCCAGUCUUUGGAUGGAAUUAGUAUUUCAGCUAACUGUAAACUGAGAAAGAUCUUCACUUUAAAAUCCAAGCCUCAAGAUACAGCUGAGGAAGAUGAUAUGUGUGUUGUUCCGUUUAUGCCAUGUGAGCCCACAGAUGUUAUUCCCCGAACCUGUCAGCUAAAUACAGAUGUGCCACAAAUAACACAAUUGCUGAACCUGACUAAAAUUCACAAGACAGAAACAAAAUGCAGGAGAUGUCCAGUAACAGUGCGAGAAACAGGUAGCUUCGUUAAUAGAGGACGAGGCAGUAUACACAGCAGUAAAACUCAGGAUGUAUCACAUAUUGCAUUUGGAUCAAAGAUCCUUGGGCCACCUCCAUCUUCAAACAGAAGAGUCGGUACAAGGGUAUCUGGAGAGGUAACAAAGACCUGGGAUAGCAAAAGUAAUAGAUCAUGCCGACUUCAAAGUUCAGGAAUGGGAACUGAAUCCAUAAAAGAUACUGAGAGAGCGGAGCUGUCGUUCUCACCAUGCAACGAUUCUUUAGAUCAAGAAGGCCCUGCAAUUCAGACUCGGAAAACCUCUGAGACUAGAAGAGGAGAUUUUCAGCUUGCCUCACCACAAGGACCAUCAGCAGACAAGAACAGUGAUAGAAGAUCACCUUUAAAAAAUGCAGCCAAAACCACAUGGGAGAUAACGGAUGAUGAAUGGGUGUUUCCAGGAAGUUUCACUGAGAGUAUUCAGCUGGAUAGUAGUGAGUCGUUCGUAGCUACUGAAGAUUCAGCCUGCCAUAAUUUAACCUCACUACAGAAUGCCUCUUUUGACCAUCACUGCAAUGAAACAGGUGAUCACCAAGUGAAUAAUAAAGAGAUUUACACAUUUUCAUCAAAACCUCAGUCGGCUCCUCAUGGGAAGUCUCCAAAUAUGUCACCAGAAUGUUGUGUUUUCCCUUUGGAUUUGAAGCAAGACAGUAACAGAGUACACGGGAAAACCCAAAUUAAAGAUAACUUUCAAGGAACCAGCAGCAGUGAAGAGGAUGACAACAAUGAAUUCACCCAGGGUACGGAGAACCUUCAGAUCAGCCACAGCAAGCAAAGAACAUCUGAUUCAGCAGUUUUUAAAGAGAUCCCAUUAAAGAGGAUGUCAUGGAGAAAUGAAUACUGGAAGAAUAAGGAACACAGCAAACAUAACCUCGAAGAGACUGUCUUAUCAAAACCACAGAGUUCCACUGUGAGAAAAACAGAUUCUGUUAGCUCUCAGAGAAGCUUAAAGCCUACCCUUUCUCUUUCUCCAACUGGAAGUAAAUGUGAAUUCUUUAAAGUAAUUCCAAAUGGUUCUGAAAAAAAUGAAAGAUGUGAAGGAGUUUCUGGUCAAUUAAAAAGAGCCGUCAGUAAAAAGUCUCUCAAGAAAAUCUCAAGAGAAAAUUCAUGUCUGACAGCACAGACUAGUGAAUAUGACUGGAAAAAUUACCAGUCAAAUAGACUGAGUUCAUCUGAACUGCAGAUGCUGGCUAGCAUGAAGAGACAACAAAAUGAAGAAUUAAGGGAUACUGGGAUCUCACAUGGGCUGAGUGCAUCACAGAUAGACAACUGCAAUGUUAGCAUAAGUACAAACAGUGAUGAUACAGCAACCUGGAACUCUUGUUUCCCACCACCCGUCAGACAGGAGCAUCACUAUCAGAAAGAAAUGAGCCCACUUUCUCAUUCCAACCCACGGGACUGGUUGAACGUGUACAGUCCCCCCAUCAUUCCUGGAAGCCAACAACUGGAAGAGCACACUAAGUCUUCAACAAAUCAGAGUAUUCCAGGUGAAGAUGACCUCAAUGCUGAAGAAGAUGAGGAAAUGUUGACUCUUUUGUAUGAUCCAUGUCUGAACUGUUACUUUGAUCCAAAUUCUGGGAAGUACUAUGAACUGGCAUAGUCAGAUCAUAGGAGAAUAUCGUUUUGUACUCAGAGUAAAUUUAUCUUUUAACUGUUUGUAAAGUGUGACUGAGCUGUAUAAUUUAUCAUGUAACUUAAAACUUGAAUUAACCAAUAGUUUUGAAAUUGAAUAUAUUUUGUAAAUAGUGUCUUAUUUUUAUAGUUUUAUAUUAAGUUGUAAUGCAGUGGAAAAAUCACAUAACAUAAAAGUUCCUUGUGACUACAACAUUUAUUUGUUAGUUUAAUUUAUUUCCAAUAUUCAAAGGUUCUAUAUGGAAACAAAUGAAGUUCAGUCAAGAGGGUUUGUGUUGUUCAUCUGUAAAUUAUGGUUUUACUCAAAUAAAAUUAAUUUUUUCAUUA